AUGGAGAUGAAUAAUACAAUUGAAUAUUCAGAAAAGCAAGAGAAAAUAGGAUCUGCAAUAUGUGAGAGAGUUAACAAUUUCUUCAAGGGCAGUUAUGAAAAGUUCGAUAAAUCCAAAGUUACGGAAAUUGCGAAAAUCGAGGAUGAAGACCGGAGAAGAAUUAUACACUCUGUUAAAGUUGGAUUGGCUAUCACGCUCGUCUCUUUCCUCUACUACUUACGACCGCUGUACGAUGGAUUGUUCGGACAAGCGGGAAUGUCGGCUGUCUUAACUGUCGUGGUCGUUUUCGAAUUUAGUAGCGUUGGUGCAUUAUUCUCGAAAUGUUUAAAUAGUGGUGCAGCAACAUUGGUUGCCGGUGGUUUAGGGGUCGGAGCAGGGUAUCUAGCCAGACUUUGCGGUGACAAAGGAGAGGCGAUCGUUCUUGGAAUUUUGGUCUUUCUUUUAGCUGCAGCAUCAACGUAUAUGCGAUUUAUCCCGAGCAUAAAAAGCAAAUACGAUCAUGGAGUGGUUAUAUUCAUACUCACGUUCACUUUAGUAGCGAUAUUGGGUUACCGUGUUACCGAGAUUUCAAUAUUGGGCCAUCAAAGAUUGAGCACCAUUUUCAUGGGCGGCGCAAUCUGCAUCCUAGUAUCCGUAUCCGUUUGCCCCGUUUGGGCGGGUCAAGAUUUGCAUCUUCUCGUCUCUGGAAAUAUUGAUAAGCUUGCCACCUUCUUCCUAGGCUAUGGUGAUGAACUUUCUACUGAUAAGAUUGACAAGUAUCUGGAAGACCAUAAAACUGUGCUAGACUCAAAAGUAAACGAGGAAUCCUUGGCAAAUUUUGCAUGGUGGGAGCCUCCUCAUGGUGAAUUUAGAUAUAAUCAUCCAUGGGAACACUACUUGGAGCUUGGAGUUCUUACAAGAGAAUGUGCCAAUCAUAUCCAAACACUAAUUAGCACUGGAUAUUGCAUCAACUCCAAACCUCAGGAAUUGGAAUCGGAAUUCGAUCUCAAAAUCGAACCGGAAUGCAAGAAACUGAGCACGGAAUUGGGAAAGGCCCUGAAAGAAUUAGCCUCCGCAACAAAAGGGAUGACUGUUCCACAAUUAUCGGCUGCUCAAAUCCACAUAAGUAAUUCGAAAUCGGCAGCCGAUGAACUCAUAAUCGUACUCCAAAACUGCUCGUCAUUACUGUUGGGUCCCACCAAAAUCGACCUCGGAAGAAUCAUGCCACCUCUUGUCACAACAUCCAUACUUGUGGAUGUGAUUGAAUGCAUCGAGAGAAUAUCGGCAUCUGUAGAUGAACUUUCCCAAAAAGCCCGUUUUCGAAAACUCGAUUCUUCAAAGGAUCAAAAAAAGCUCGAUGAUUUACAUGUAGUUAUAGACAUCAAGGACGAACUCGAUGCAAAACAAGAAACAUUAUAG